AUGAAGUUCCUCGCAAGCAUCCUCUGCCUGGCCUCGUCGGCUCUGGCCCUUCCUGCUCCGAGUGGCGCCGACGCCACUCUUGUCCAGCGGCAGACAACCGGCCAGAUCACCGAUCAAUACCUCUACAGCAUCACACUUCCUACCUUCACUUCCCGCCGCAAUGCCCGCGACCCCGCCACACUAAACUGGGACUCCAACGGCUGCACCUCGUCCCCCGACAACCCGUUCGGCUUUCCCUUUCUCCCAGCCUGCCACCGGCACGAUUUCGGGUAUCGCAACUACAAAGACCAGAACAGGUUCACAGAUGCCGGUAAACUGAAGGUCGACAACCAAUUCAAGACCGACAGCGUGAGGGGUGUUUGCGAAGCUUUGGCCGAAGUCUACUAUGCGGCUGUUAGGGCUUUUGGUGGCGACACUCAGUCAAAGCGCGCUGACGACCUUGUUAAGGAGUAUGAGGAGAAGGUGGCCAUCUACGAUAAGCUUGUUGCCGAGGCCCAGGAAAAUGGCGAACUCUGGCGCGUCGACUAA